GAAUAUAAAAACUUUCUACCGCUCUCUAUAUUCCUCUUGAAAACGAGAGAUGCAAUACAUGCCCUCAAUAAUUGCUUCUCAAGUAAAUAUACGCCUGACGUCUUUCCAUUCUCUUCACCUCACCAAGUCACCACCAAAAGUCUAAAAAUAUACAACGACAAACCCCAAAAAGAUGCCGUUCUCUACGCACCUCAUCACCGCUAUCCCAAACACAGCGUCCUUCCUAGCCGAAGCAAGCGCAGGCUUCAUCGCAGACUUGGCUUCUCCACCGUCCACCGCCAAAGAAAAACAGGACCUAUUGACCUCGAUCCAGAGUUUUGCAUUUCAAUUCCUCAAAGCUGCGGCCCACGCCUCCUACUCCCGUCAAGAAGUCGUGGAGGAGUAUCACAGCCCAAGCGGAGAGCGUGAGGAGAUUAAUAAUGCGGUAGAACCAGACACAGAUGCAGAGACAGGUGCAGACGCCCUCGCCCGGCAAGGUCUCAACGUCCUCUGGGAAAUGUUCAUACAGACAGCACAGGUACUCGACGCAGAUGACGCAUUUCAGGAUCGUCUUGUAGGGUUACUUGCGUGGACGAGGGAGUUUGAUGGGUUGUACAGACGGCUUCACGGCAUCGUGAAGCGUGGUGGUUGGGAGUCAUUUGGAUUCGGGCAGAGUCUACAGCUCGCAUGGGAACAACUCGUCGCAGACCUGCCAAGGAACGCGGGCGCGGCACAGAAAAUUCGGAACCUCGCCGCGUUCUCUGCAAAGGUAUUGGCGAUGGAUUUGUGUGAGGGUUCCGUUGCUGGAACUGCGUUUUGGGUUUUUGAGAAGGCUUUGGGAGGGUAUGAGGGUGAAGGUGAGGCUGAGGCUGAGGGAGAAGUUGGGAAGAGGGGGUUAGUUCCAGCGGUUGGAGUAUGGCUGAAGCACGCUUCGCAUGCGCUCCUUGCGCGUUGCUGUCCUUCUCCCGCGGCAGGUGGGCUUGAUACUACCAAUACCGCGGCAACGUAUCCGAUCUCGCCGGCUGAUGGUCCUCAAGCAGACCACCCUACCGCAAGAACCCAGUACGGUGACUUCAGCAUGGCCCACUGGCUGCGCUGGCGACAUCGUCUCCAGGAGCUGUGUCACGAUGCCGAUGCCGAUGUGGCGAGGUUGGCGAAGAAGGGGUUCAUGAGUAUGAUUUUCUGUGGGAGGGACUUAGGGGUUGAGAUUGAGGGCGAGGCGAGGUUUGCGGGGAGGUUGCGAGAGGUUAUGUAUCGGGAGCUUGUGAGGAGCGGGAAGGAGGUUGUGGAGGGGGACGAGGUUGAGAUUGAGGUGGAUUGGGUUGAUUGAGGUCUCUGAGCUGUUGGGUCUGAGGGGUGAUGUUGCGGGGGCGGAUUUUAAUGGUGGUCGG